AUGUCGUAUGAAGGCCAGACGGCUUAUGUAACGGGUGGUGCGAGUGGCAUCGCCCGUGCGCUGACCACCAUGCUGGUCGAGAAAGGUAUCAAAGUAUACAUUGCCGACAUCAAUAAGCAAGGUGCCGAAUCCGUUGCUCAAGAACUCAACAACAAAGCCGGAUCACGCAUGGUCUCCGCUGUCGGCGUGGAUGUGACAGACUGGGACUCGCAAGUUGCAGGAUUCGAAGAGGCCAUCAAAGCUCUUGGAGGACGCAUCGACUACGUGUAUCCCAUCGCCGGUAUCGCCGAGGUUUCAUGGCUUCCCAACCGUCCCAAGCAAGAAGGCUUUGUCAAGCCGAAUCUUAGUGUAUGGGACAUUGAUGGCACGGGUGUGAUGUACACCUGCGCUCUUGCAGUCCAGCAAUUUCGACGACAAGAACCCAACAAGUUUGGUUUCCGUGGCAAGAUCGCGGCUGUCUCUUCGGUUAGAGGUCUGUAUUCGGUUCCUAGUAUGCCGAUAUACUGUGCUGCGAAAUUCGGAGUGGUUGGCUUCGUCCGGUCUUUCGGUAAACACCUACCGAAGGAGCAAAUUACCCUCAACGCAAUGUGUCCGGCUAUUGUUAAGACAGGGAUCAACAUCGGGAGAAGCGAUUGGUAUGACAAGGCUGAAAGCUUGAAUCUCAUUGUGAAGAUGGAGUCGCUCUUGAAUGCAUUUGGAUCCUUGCUAGGCAGUUCUGGUGUAUCCGGGGAAUGCUUCGAGUUUCCUCCGGGCAAGAUUGACAAUCCACAAGGUUGGAUCCUCAAGCCACAAAAUGAGUAUACGACGCCAGAGAGCGAAGUACAUGUGCGCUACUCAGACAGUCAAUUUGCUCAUCAACAUGAUCCAGUUGAUUGA